CUAGGCGUUACAUUCUGCAAAAAAUUUAAAACCCUAAAGCUGUCACUCUCUCUCUGUCUCUCUCGUGUGUCAAGUAAAGCUCAACCCAAAACAGAAUUCACCCUUCUCUCUCUCUCUCUCUCUCUCUCUCAAUCGGUGAUCUACAUUGACAAUUUUUCCUGACAUCAACAACAACAAAGAGCACAGCACAGCACAGCACUAUGAGUGGUACUCCUAAUAAGCGGUUGCAUGACGAGGUCGGUGGAGGUACCGGUGGCAGUCAUAAUUCGAAAUACCCACAUGACGAUUCUACCUCUGGGUACCCUAAUAUUGGCCCUAAGAUCGCUCCACCGUCGUCCUCCGCCGGAGCGACUGAGUACCACCACCAUACGCAACCUUUUGAUCACAUGGGUCCCCCGAAGAUCCCCCGGAACGAGCCUACUGAUAGGAGGUCCCCAUUGCUUCCGAUGUAUCAUCAUCGAGUGUCUUCUUCUUCCAAUGAUUCGCAUUCUGAUCAUCCAAUUGCUUCAGAAAACAGGUCGGAGUCUAGAGAUUUAAAGGACAAUACUAGGGAUCUAAAGGGUGAUAAUCGUGACAUUAGGGACUUGUAUCAGAGUGGAAAAGAUAGCAGAGGGGAUGAUAAUAAAGAAGGAAAAUAUGAUAGGGAUAGGGAUAGAGAUAGGGAUAGGGAUGCUUAUCAUCCGGAUUAUAAAGUCGAGAACUUGAAGUCAGAAAAGGAAGGAUAUGGGUUGGGAAAUAGUCACUUGAAUUGGAAAGAAUCGAAAGAACAUCACAAGGGAAAGGGGAAGAGGUAUCCUGAUACCUUGGUUGGGAAUGUUGAUCCAUGGCAUGGUUCGCGCCCGAAUUUGCAUGGCCCAGUUGAGAAGGAGGUUGUGAAGGAAGGAUCAGCCACUGAAGAGAGGGAUUAUAUUGAGGCGCAUGAGGCUGUCGGGGAGAAUAAAGUUGAUUUGAAGGGUGAAGAUAGAUUCAAAGACAAGGAUAGGAAAAGGAAAGAUUUGAAGCACAGGGAUUGGGGAGAUAGGGAUAAAGACAGAAAUGAACGGCGGAACAACUCGCAACUAGGAAGUAGUGGUGGUGAGGGCAAAGAGACUGCUAGGGAAGAAAGAGAAACUGAGAGGUGGGAGCGGGAGAGGAAGGAUGUUUCCAAAGAUAAGGAAAAACCCAAAGAGAGGGAAAAGGACCAUGUUAAGAGAGAAUCAUGGAAUGGAGCUGAGAAAGAUGGUUUGCACAACGAGAAGGAGCCAAUGGACAUAUCUGGCAGAGCAGAGCAGGAAAGUGUAGCAUUAGAGCACAAGAAACAAAAGGAUCACGAUGGUUGGAAAAACGUUGAUAGGGAAGCUAGAGAGAGGAGAAAAGAAAGAGAUGCUGAUGUUGAAGGAGACAGACCUGAAAAGCGCAACAAGUGCUAUGACAAAGAAUCAGAUGAUGGGUGUGCAGACAUCGAAGGGGGCACAGAAAAGGAAAGGGAAGCUUUCAAUUAUGGAGUUCAGCAGCGGAAGCGGAUGCUUCGGCCAAGAGGCAGCCCUCAAAUAGCAAACCGUGAGGCCCGUUUUAGGUCUCGUCCACAGGAUAAUGAAGGAUCUCAAGGCAAGUCUGAAUUGUCCACUGUUGUUUAUAGAGUUGGAGAAUGCAUGCAAGAGCUGAUGAAAUCGUGGAAGGAAUAUGAGUUAUCCCAAGCUGAUAAAAGUGCUGACAACACUCAAAAUGGUCCUACUUUAGAAAUUCGUAUACCGGCUGAGCAUGUUACUGCUACAAAUCGGCAGGUUAGAGGUGGCCAGCUAUGGGGUACUGAUGUAUACACAGAUGACUCCGAUCUUGUUGCCGUUCUUAUGCACACUGGUUACUGUCGCCCAACUGCUGCUGCUCCUCCACCUGCUAUCCAGGAAUUACGUGCAACUGUCAGAGUGCUACCUCCGCAAGAUUGCUACAUUUCUACACUGAGAAAUAACGUCAGGUCCCGUGCUUGGGGUGCUGCCAUUGGUUGCAGUUAUCGUGUUGAACGGUGUUGCAUUGUGAAGAAAGGAGGUGGGACAAUUGAUCUUGAACCUUGUCUAACUCAUACAUCAACCGUGGAGCCAACUCUUGCUCCCGUGGCAGUGGAGCGCACAAUGACUACAAGGGCUGCAGCUUCGGUACUGGCCAACUGAUUUGAAUUUUUUAUUGCACAUGCAUAUGUAC